AUGUGUGGUAUAUUUGCUGUUUUUGGUAGUAUAACCGAUUUAGUCACGCUAUGCAAAUCGGCAUACAAAAUAGUUCAUCGUGGACCCGAUGCCUUUCGGUUAGAAACUGUCUACCAGUUCCCGUCGUGCUGUCUGGGGUUCCAUCGCCUUGCUAUCCUGGACGCUGAACAUGGAAUGCAGCCGAUGAGAGUCAUCCAACAUCCUAAUGUUUGGCUGAUUUACAACGGGGAGAUAUACAAUCACAUUCAAUUAAAGGAGCAGUUUGACUUUCACUACGCCACUCAUUGUGACGGAGAGUCCAUUAUUCACCUGUAUGCCAGAGGAGGGAUUGAGUUCACAGCCAGACAUUUGGACGGGGUGUUUGCAUUCUGUCUCCUAGAUACGACCAAACGGAAGGUCCACCUUGGCAGAGAUACAUUCGGAGUCAAGCCGCUGUUUCGUAUUUUUAAUGAAGAUGAUGGGCUUUUAUCGGCAUGCUCUGAGGUCAAAGGUCUAAUGGACAUUGCUGGCCACCAAUCUAAUGCGAAGAUUCAAGAAGUGAUGCCUGGCCAUGUGGAAACCUAUCGUCUCGAUAUGAGGGGUCGAGCUUCACUAGAAAGCAUAACGCAGUUCCAUGAUGUCGGCAAAGCUCCGUCAUAUUCUCCUGCCGCCAAACUGUUAAGCAAUGACAUCCAGGCCAGCAUCCGAACCCUAUUAGAGAGUGCCGUAAGCAAAAGAAUGAUGGCCGAACGCCGUAUCGGAUGUCUGCUUUCUGGUGGUUUGGACUCAAGCUUGGUUACCGCUUUGUUGGUAAAGUUGGCGGGAGAACAAGGUCAAAUCUACCCGAUACAGACUUUCUCUAUCGGAAUGGAGGGCAGUCCCGACUUAAAAGCAGCCAGGAAGGUCGCCGAUUACUUGAGUACGGAGCACCACGAGAUAAUAUUAAAACCUGAGGAAGUGAUCACCGCCGUCAAAAACGUCAUAUACCACCUGGAGAGUUAUGAUGCACUAACGAUUCGUGGAGCAUUUGGAAUGUACAUGUUGUGUCAAUACGUGAAGGAGAACACGAAUACGACAGUUUUAUUAGUUGGGGAGGGAGCCGACGAGAUCACACAAGGGUACAAGCACUUCCACAACGCGCCCUCCGCUGAGGACGGAGACAGGGAAAGCAGACGACUUUGCAAAGACAUCAGUUUCUUUGACGUGCGCAGGGUGGAGAGAAACUCCGCAGCUUUUGGACUUGAGGUACGUGUGCCGUUCCUUGACCAUCAGUUCAGCAGUUUUUACCUGUCAUUAGACCCUGAGCUGAAGUCACCCAAGAACGGUAUAGAGAAGCAUUUACUCAGGUCUUCCUUUGAUAAGACGGGGUUACUUCCGACAGAAAUCCUCUGGCGGCCAAAGGAAGCCUUCGCUGACGGCCUUGCCUCUCCAAUUAAGUCAUGGAUCGAGUUUAUACAAGACUUUGUCGCAAAACAUAUAACCGACUCAGAAAUGGAAAACAAUAGCCAUCAGUACACUCACAACCCUCCGGUCAGUAAGGAGUCCCUGUACUACCGACGGAUAUUUGAGAGUUUCUAUCCCGGACAGGGUCAUCUGAUACCCUAUUUCUGGAAGCCUAAGUGGUCAUCGUCUUCGGACCCAAAAUAAUAGAUAACUAGCGAAUAUUGAAGAAUGAAAUUCGUGCGCUUGUAUAAACAGAAUAAUUAUGCAAUUUUUGUUUCUAAUUGCAACUUAAAAUGUUGUUUUCUCAGCAUGCCCUG